AUGCUGGAGAAGGAGAUGGGCAUCUCCCUGAAGGAGCAGCGUCAGUUCAUCGCCGAUCAAGUCCUCCUCAUCUACGGCCAGAUGGAUGCUGCCUCUGUCAUCUUUGAUCACCUUCUGCUGGGCAGCAGUUUCAAUGCCUCCAAUGGAGUAGAGCUUCAGCAGAACAACGUCACGCACAUCAUCAAUGUUACUCGUGAGGUGGACAACUUUUUCCCCUCCUCUCGAUUCACCUACAAAAACGUUCGCGUCUUCGACGAUGAAAAGGCUGACCUGCUGACGCACUGGGAAGACACGCACCGGUUCAUCAAUGAGGCACGGUAG